ACCUGUAGUUAUGGAAACUGGUCGAUGGCAACAUCCACCAGUUUUCUCAGUCGCUCUCUCUUUCUCUCUGUCCGUGUCCCCGCAUCCUCCUUGUACCUUCUGCGAGGUGGCGAGCGUGUGUGCAAGCGCGAACGACAAAUGAGACGCUGCAAGAUGGCGAUUGUGCGACUGAUAGCGUGUUGUGUGCUGUGCACCAGCCUCGGCCACAUCCCAUCAUCGCUCGCAGUAAUCCUCCGAACCACAGACAAAAUCGUGUGGGCAAAUGAGUUUGAGCCCGUCGAGCUGACCUGCUUAAUAGAGUCCAUCUCCACCAACAACCCGAGGAUUGAGUGGAAGAAGAUUAGAAAUGGCAUUCCAAGCUAUGUUUACUUCCAAAGGAAGAUAGCAGGCGACUUGGAGAACAGGGCACAGCUCAGAGAGCCGGCCAACAUUCUGAUCUUCAACGCCACUCGCUCAGAUACGGCCGAGUACCGCUGCGAGGUGGCCGCCAUCGACGAUCAGAGAGACUUUGAUGAGAUUCUUAUUAGUCUUGCGGUGAGAGUGAAACCCGUGGUGCCCCGGUGCAGCGUGCCUGAGGCGGUUACGGUGGGCACGUCGACCGAGCUCCGGUGUCUGGAGAACGAAGGUUUCCCGGCACCCGUCUACAGCUGGUUCCAAAACAACGAGGAGCUUCCCCAAGACCCCAAGAACACCCCCAAGUUUAUCAAUGCCACGUACACCAUUAACGCUGACACCGGAAGCCUGAAAUUCCGCAGGGUGAGGAAGGAGGACGCGGGGGAGUACUUCUGCCAAGCUAAGAAUGACGCCGGCCACGCCCAGUGUCCCUCUCAGUGGAUGGAAGUCUAUGAUGUGGACAUCCUCGACAUCGUCCUCAAGUCUGUCGGCGGCGUGAUAGCGGUCAUCUGUGUGCUCGGCUGCCUUUGGCAUUGCGUUUCACGCGCCUUCUCCUCCAAAAAAGGCCAAAAUGAAAACGAAUUCAGUUGGCCGACACAGAACAAUGCUGUCGACUAUGGCGAUGCAGAUGAGGGACACUUCCGCCAUAAGUCAUCUUUCAUCAUUUGAACCCAGGGAGGAGUAACAACGAUGGCUCUGGUGGUUACGUUCGAAGUGUAACAUGGCACACUCUAUUCUCUGAUGCACAUCAAAAUCAAAACAACUUGCCAAAGUAAUGUUCAGUAUGGUUUUAUGGCACUAGCUCAUGUUUUUAUAGUGUUGACAAAUUUUAUAACACUAAUCCUUUCAUUGUCCCCCUCUCACUUGAAGAGUUUAUAUUUUUAUUUGCCGCAUAUUUCUACUAGACAGGAAAGUCAUUCAUUCACUUCCAAGCUGUGACAUUUAGCUAAAUGAUGGCAAGGGAUGUGUUGGAGCAACAUUCCAUCACAAGUCUUGGAACAAAUUGUCUUUUGUAACUUUUCUUUUUUUUUUUUUAAUACAUUGAACUUGUUUUGCACAAGACCUGUGUCAUGUGAGUAACAUUGUGUUAUUUCUUUUCUUCUUCCAAGUGGCCAAGAGUUGAAAGGUAUUUGUGCAUACCGUAGUUGUACAGGCAAUGAAUAAGCGAACUGAAAACUGAGGAUAUCAGAUAGCAUGAGGCACAAUUUAUCUGCCUUGAGCAUAGAGUAGUUACAAUUGAUAACGUUACACGUCCAAGUUACCCAAUGGAUUUGAAUACUAUCUAUCCUACUUUGCUGCAAAUUCAGUAUUUACUAUUAAAAGGUGGCAAUGUAUGACAUUUAGAGUGCUGUUAGUGUAUAAGUGACCUUCUGUGUGUUACUACUUUUUUGGGUUGUAGAUAUUGGACAUAUUGUCCAGUUUUGCAUCAGUAUUGUAUACAUUAAUGCGCAAAUGUUUUUUUCUUCCCCCAGUACCUUAUUGUAUAUAAGGCAAUACGCUGGUCAAAAUGGUAAUUUUACAGUACAGUAGUUACUGUCCAGUGCUGUUUCAAACUUUUUUUGUGUUCAUGAUUGGUGUAAAAACUCAGGAACUGUUGUAAAAUGUUCAUAGUUGAUUUUUGUUAUGAAUAAAAUACAUUUGAAAUGUUCA